CUAGUCAGCCACAUGCAAGCCUUCGCUCCCCGGCAUUUUCUGGCCCCAGUCAGGGAUGAUGAGGCAGAGUCCCAAAGAAAAGCCAAAUCUCGUCAUGCUAGACAGACUCGCAGAUCAACACUAGGGGUGACACUAACAGAUUUAAAAGAGGCUCAUAAGUCCAGUAGCUUGUCCCCAUUAGAUCCACAGCCAGAGGGCGCUGGUGUGUGGGAAGACAACAUCAGCCUUGCAGAAUCAGUGAAACCAAAAGGCAUCAAAGUAGUAGACAACCAGGGAAAUAUUGAACCCAGAUUAGAGGUUAUUGUUGAAUCACCAGGCUUUUUCUACACACCUAUUACUACAAGACCCCGUGGGAUCUCUGACUACAAUACAAAUAACAGCUGCUAUAAAGUUAAUGAGGGGCUGUGGAGAGACGAGAAUCAUAACCCCACUGAAGACACGGCAUUGUUGACCUUUACCUCAACACAGCAGCCCAGACAACUUUCCAGUGAUGUCGAUGAGGACAAAGCCUGUGCUGCAGAGGAUGCUUGA